GCACCCUAGAACAAAGUCAUGACUGCACAUACUGGUCGCGGCUAAAGCGGCUUCGCCCCGUUUUUUUUCGUCCUCCGCUUUUCACGCGACAAAACACGUUUGAUAUUCUGACACGUGCUUGCAUCGGUGACAUUCUUAAAGAAAAAAAAAACAUUUUCGAACAUUGAAAAUUGUAAAUUAAAUCCAGGAAAUCAUAAUCGGAAAUUCCCUUAAUCGCGACUUCCGAAUAAGGAACCGGUGUGUAUUAAAUCUUCCCAACAAAACACCAUGAUCGGUCAACUUUAAUAAUUUGACAGUUCCAAACAUGCUUCUUCAAAAACUAACGAUGUAUACACGUCGGACGCGUGUAAGAAUUCCUCUGUUAUUAGUUAUUACGAUUUUUGGGUUAUUCUCAUCAGGAAGUGCAGCAUCCGCGCAUAUACACACUCAUCAACACACCAAACCUAAUAGCAAUGAGAGGACAGAGGAUGGUGCAUUUAGUCCACGGGACAUGGACCACUAUGCAGGGGGAGAACACCAUCAGGAGUUUGAUCAUGAAGCUAUUCUCGGAAGUGUAAAAGAAGCAGAAGAAUUUGACAAACUUCCAAUGAAGGAAUCAAAAAGGCGUUUAGGGAUUUUAUUGACAAAAAUGGACUUAAACAAUGACACAUUUAUAGAGAGAAACGAACUAAAAGCUUGGAUUUUACGUUCAUUUAGCAUGCUUUCUACAGAGGAAUCUCAAGAUCGAUUAGAAGAAACUGAUGAAAAUGAAGAUGGUAAAAUCACCUGGAAUGAAAUUCUGCAAGACACGUAUGGCUCUGAUCCAGAAGAUUUGGCAGAGGAUUAUAAGAUUAUAAAUGAUGAUAAACAAACAUUUGAGGCUGCUGAUAUAGAUGGAAAUGGCUAUCUGGACAAAGAAGAGUUUAAAGCUUAUACUCAUCCUGAAGAGACACCUAGAAUGUUCCCACUUCUACUCAGGCAAGCUUUAGAUGACAAAGACACUGAUAAAGAUGGAUUUAUUAGUUUCCAAGAAUUUAUUGGGAAUAGAGCUAAGACAGAAAAUAAGGAAUGGUUGCUAAUAGAGAAAGACAAAUUUGAUUAUGAACAUGAUAAAAAUGGGGAUGGACGACUGGAUUCAGAUGAAAUACUUUCAUGGCUGGUACCUAGUAACGAAGAAAUAGCUGAUGAUGAAGUAGAUCAUCUAUUCGCAGCAUCCGAUGAUGAUCACGACAAUAGGUUGUCUUUCGAUGAAAUUUUAGAUCAUCACGAUGCUUUCGUAGGUAGUGAAGCCACCGAUUACGGGGAACAUUUACAAGAUAUUGAGCGUUUUCAAGACGAACUUUAAAAAUCAAUCGUUCAGAUGCAUUAGCUAAAUCUAUACCUCUUUUUCUAAUAUCUAAUUAACUUACAUUAAUGAAAAUAUUUUGAAUACUUCUAAAUACUGUUCUUUCAGCUCUUAUAUGUUUUGGUAUUCCUAUUUAUGCUGCAUUUAGAAUAUAUUUGUAUUAGCGUCAUUUAUAAUUGCACAAACAUAUUUGAAAUACUGAACAGAUAGUAUUUCUCAGUCUUCCAAUUUUUACAAGACUUUAGUGCCAUAGAAUUGACAUUUCUUAUUAUUAGUAAGAGUUACCAGUAUAAUAUCCUAUUCUCAUUAUUUAUUACGUGUAUAAUUAAUUGUAUGCACACUCCAAGCACCUGAUUCUUCUAUUCGUGUGAAAUUAUAAGAAGGAUCGUAUUAAACCGAAAUUGUGACUUAGCUAAAUAAUUUAAGUAAUUUAAUUUUACUUAUCGUUCAAUAUUUAAACGAGUGUGAUACAAAUUUGAAUAACAUGGAUAAUCAGAUCAUAUAUUCUCAGCCUUGCCGAUGUAAGAUUCACUUUUUGACACAAAUUUGUUUACUCUUCGAAUUAUGUAAUGAACGAUAUGUAAUAUAAUGAAUUUUUUAAAUAAAACGUACUAGCUAUCUUAA